AUGAGAAAGCAUAAAUAUGUACUUGACGCAAACAGUCUAAUUAAGUUUAAAGAUCUACUUUUUACAAAUUACGAUUGCUACAUCACAGAAGGAGUGAUAAAAGAAAUAAAAGAUGAGUAUUCUAGAAAAAAAUUAAACACUAUUAUGCCCCUCUUAAAAAUUGCAGAACCAGAAGAGAAAGAUGUAAACUUCAUAAAACAUUUCGCAAAGUUAACAGGGGAUUAUGACUCCUUAAGUGAAGUGGAUAUUGAUCUUAUUGCAUUAACAUAUAUGUUGCAUCGCCUCUAUGGUGAUGUGUCCAAAUUGAAUGCUUCCCCUAUGGAUACCAUUUAUAAAUAUGAAGAUGUUGAGUUUGAUUAUGUGGGCUCAAGGAGAGGAAGAAGAACCAAUAGUGGUCAUCGGAUCAGAGGCCAAGGAGGAGCAGCGGUGCAAGUGCAAGAAUUGGUAGAAGCUGACGAAUUGGUAGGAGAGGCUGAUGAAUUGAUUGGAGAAGUUGACGAAUCGGUAGGAGAGGCUGACGAAUUGGUAGGAGAGGCUGACGAAUUGGUAGGAGAGGCUGACGAAUUGGUAGGAGAGGCUGACGAAUUGGUAGAAGCUGAUAUAUUAAUUGGAGAAGCUGACGGAGAAGCACCGAAGAAGAAUAUCCGGGAGAAGAAAAAAACGAAGACCAAUAUGGGCAUCGAUUUUCCUGAAAAGAAAAAUAUAUGCAUAGAACAAACUGAAUUGGAGGAGGAAAAUUUCAAAAGGGAAGACUGUGUCGAGGGAGAUAAACCCGAAGAAGAGGAAAAGUGUGCCCAGACAGAGUACCUCGGUGAGGGAAGCACAGAGGAAGAGUGCAAUGGAGAGGUAGAGAAAAGGAAAAAACUUACCAUGAGGAAUGGAAGUAGACCACGAAUCUAUGGGUGCGAAAGUAUUAGAGAAGAAGUUUUGCAAGUGAUGGAAAGGAGCGAAAAGGACGAUGAUGAAGAAAGUGUUAACGAAUGGAUUAACAUAAAUAAUUAUGACACACAGAAUGUAGAGAUAAAUAAAGGAGAAAAAUUCAGUAGUGAUAUUGCAUGUAUAACUACAGAUUAUACUAUGCAGAAUGUACUGUAUCAAAUAGGGCUAAAUGUAAUUACAAUAGAUGGUUAUAAAAUAAAUUCCUUGAAAUUGUGGGGAUAUAUAUGUACAUCAUGUUACACAUUUAUAAAAAAAAAUUCUUUACUCUUUUGUUCGAAAUGUGGAAAUAAUAAUUUGAGAAAAGUAAAUGUCCUUGUUGAUAAUAAUUUAAAAAAAUUAAUUGUUAAAAUUCCACAAUUCAGAGUAAAUAAUAAAAACACUAUUUUUAGUAUUCCAAAAAAAAAAAAUCAACCCAAAAAAAAGUUUCAAGAUAAGUUACAAAUAUUCAGAGAAGAUGAAUUAUUAAUAGGUGGAAGAAAACAGUAUCUUAAGCAUCAAAAGAAGUUAUACGAAUCUCAGAAAAGUAAGAAAAAUCCAUUUAGUGCGGACAAUUUAUAUGACUAUAAUAAUAAUGACUGGACUUAUAGAACUACUUUGAAAAAUGGUAAAGUUGCUAUUUUGACAAACCCCAAAAUUAUUGUUGGUGGAAAAAAGAAGAAUAUCCAUAGGAAGAAGAGGAAGUAG